GGUCGGACCAACAGCCACAUCGAGCCAAUGAAUCUAGCCGUCCGCUCCCUGUUGCCUCCCAAGCCAACCAUAUCCACUCUCGGCGCCGCCGCGCAUCUCUCCCCUCUUCUUGCCCUUCCUUCCCCCCAGGCCCCAACCCACGCAGCCUCACUAGGGGUCUACCGGCGGCGGCGACGAGAUGGUGCAGCGCCUCACCUACCGAAAGCGUCACAGCUACGCGACAAAAUCCAAUCAGACCCGGGUCGUGAAGACCCCAGGUUCGCCCCAUCUGGUGGGAAGCUUGUGUACCAAUACACCAAGAAGAGGGCGAGCGGUCCCAAGUGCCCCGUCACCGGGAAGAAGAUCCAGGGGAUCCCCCACUUGAGACCUGCCGAGUACAAGAGGUCCAGGUUGUCUAGGAACCGCAGGACUGUUAACCGUCCUUAUGGUGGAGUACUCUCUGGAAUUGCUGUUAGGGAGAGAAUUAUCCGUGCUUUCUUGGUUGAGGAGCAGAAGAUUGUCAAGAAGGUCCUGAAAAUACAGAAAACCAAGGACAAGACAGCUGCAAAGUAGAGCUCCAGGAAUGGAAUGGAAGCCUAGACACUGCGAGAAGUAAUUUUGGUGGAUGGAAAAUCUGUUUGCCUUGUGUCGAGCAUUUAGCCUGUGAGACAUGCCUGUUGAAGUGUUUGAGUUUAGAGACUGGAAUCCCUUUCUCCUUUGAAUUGUUGCUAUGUCGGGACAUCUGCUCCCCCAGUUGCUUUGUUAUGAAUUGAGAUCAUAUCUGGGUAAGAUAAUCUUGUCUAACACCUUGGCUUGUAGCAUCUUUUUCGUCCAUGUUGCUUUUCA